AAAACUACCUUUUUUUGAAAACAUGUUUGUGUCGCGCUUCGACGUCGUCGUUGUCGACUUUUUCGUACAUCGAUCGAUCGCUUGAUCGUACGUAUACGGUCACAUCACCACCAUCAUCAUCAUCAUCACCAAGCAGCAGCAUGGAGCGAGAGGCGACAAAAACAACGCCAAACGACGACAGCUCCAGCUCCAGACUAGCCAACCAGCCAACGUAUCACACCAACACCACACAUUGAGUUGGGUUAAUGCGGGGUUUUCUAAUUUCAGUGUGAUUUUGGUGCUCGAUCGAAGCGUACGUCUUUUCUCUAACAACUUUAACGCGAACCAACAAACCCUUCAACAAAACAACAACGGCAGACAAAAAUACAAAGUAUUAAAAAAUAACUUCGAAUAAAAAAACAAAAAAAAAAACAAGAAAUAAACAAUUAAUUUCUAAGAUUCGAGAGAUAUUCGCAAUUAACCGAACAGAAGGCAGUGAUUGAUUUUUCUGUUCAGUCACCAGAGAGCCACAAGAUUUAUUAACCAAACGAAAGCCGUGAUAAUUGUUUGAACUAAACGAAAGAAAAAACAGCCAGAUCAGUAAAAUCAAGAAUACUGAAUCUACGAAAACAAAUCCUGAUCUCCAGAUACAGAAGUGAUUAAACUUAGUGGCAGCAAUCCGAGGACGUAAAUCGCAAAAAGGAAAUACGAUCCCAAUUGUACAAGUUACGCGAAUCCAGAUUGAGAGAUCUUUAUCAAUACGACGCCAUGUCUGAUAACAGAGUUGCUGGAUUCGGUAAAGAUCCGCUGGCACCCAGUCAUGGGGAGUCCUUGGCCGAUCAGAGUUUCCAGAGUUUGAAAUCGAAGGAAAUUCGUGAUUCGAUGAGUCCCACGGAAAUGAAAUUUCAAUCGAUGGCCCUCAACAAUCCCAACAAUACAGGCUGGAAUGUGCAAUCAUCGUCAGAAGUAACACCCGAUGGUAGGGGUUUCCGCGCCGAGACCAUAGCAACCACAGACGGUGUGGAAAACAUUAAUGGCGGCACCGCCGAAUUCAAGGGACGCAAUGAACAACGUUCAUCGGCCAUGCAUGAGGGUGAUGACAAGAAUUUCCGUAAGCAGGCUUCUGAAAGUAGCAAAACCCAUUUGCAGGAGAAGGUAGUCAUUGGCGAUGAGAAUUCUGGACGCACUGAAAUACGCACAAGUUCGUCUACAUCGACCUCCUCGUCCAAGGUAUUUCAAUCGUCCUCUACUACGGAGUAUGAAAAUGGUCAGCCGGUGGCCGGUCAUCAUCAACCCCAGUAUUUAAUGGACUCAAAUCGUGGAGCACCCCCACAACGUAUGCAACACGAACCACAGUACCCGUAUGAGCAGCAACCACGUCACCAACAACAACAGCAACCUCAAUAUCAUCCUCAACCAACGCAAUACGAGCCACAGUAUGAACCGCAAGAAGUGAGACGUGCCACCGAUCAACAGCAGUACACCCAACAAACGGAACAAUACAAUCGGAAUCGCCACGAAACCAACACUUCGCAAAAUGUUCAGACCAACGAGACGCAUGAGCAAAAUAAGCGCUAUGUCGAUAUGGACAAGGCCUCUCCGGAAUAUCAGAGGCAUGUGCAGCAUCUCAUGGCACAGCCAGGCGAAAUAAUUUCAAAUACAGUGGAGUAUCCUAAGCCCAAUGUGAAGAUGAUCACUACCGUUAAACGCUUGCCAGAUGGAACGAUUGUUCGCAACAAGCGAUAUGAAACCGAAGAGACAUCCCCUACCUCUUCUUCAACUCCGGUCCAGCAUACCACCAACACCCGGCAAACGGUUACCAAUCAGAACACUCAGAGACGUGAUUCACAAACCCAUCACCAACAAGAGCAGCCAAAAAACUAUCAGGGCCAUGCUCCUUCGGAGAGGCUGCGGCGUCCCAAUGAUGAUGUUGUCGACAACGUCGACAACACGCAUCGCUACACUCACGAUGACUCCGUGGAGACAAAGUAUUCUACGGUGAAGACUUCCAAUAGGAAAUUCUCCACUGAGACAACUUCGGAGACCAUUCAGGAAUAUGAUGACGGGUACUCUCCCAGUACACCGAGUGGUUCGCGACCAAAGGCUGUGACCAAUGAUUUCAGCACUCAUGGAUUUCCGUCAGUGAGACCUAAUAAGCCAACCCAAGAGUUUGCCACCGAUAGACCUCAGGCGGUCACCAACGAUUUCAGCACGCAUGGCUUUCCCUCGGUGAGACCCAACAAGCCCACCCAGGAGUUUGCCACCGACAGGCCACAGCCUCAACAAAUGCGUCCCAAUCAGAGUAGUCCUUCGCAAAGAAUGACUUCUCCACCCAAAGAAACCCUGGUGCCCGUCCGAGGUGAAUACGAGCCAAGCAUCACGGAGCGGCGCAUUCCCACCGAAGAUGGCGAAGUUAUCAUAGUCAGUUCGGAAAAGAAACGCAGUGUUAAGCAUCAAACCAAUUCGGAACGAAUCAUUGAGACCGAUAUCAGGAGUACCGAUGACAACCGCUAUCAGCAAAUUACGGAUGUCACUAACAAAACAAAUAACACUCAGGAUUUUAGCACCCAUGGAUUCCCGUCGGCAAGAGAGCCCCAAACGGAUAUUCGUCAGCUAAAACCUCAUAGUUCUGCGCCGGGCUAUGCCCCAGCACCCGGUUCGACACCCGGCUACCCAUCUAGCAGACCUGGCUAUGCCCCAGCACCCGGUUCGACACCCGUCUAUCCAUCAUCCGGCCCUGGCCCCAAUGAUGACGAUGUGAUUGUAACCUCUCAGAAAACCCACUCGACAAAAUACAAUACCAAUACUGAGCGUAUCAUUGAAACUGAAAUACUGGGAGACGAUGGCCGACCAUUGCCUCGGGGCACACCCCGCUCUAUGCCUGCAGAUGUGGAAUACAUUACCGAUAGAUACACAGUGACUACACCAGGAGGUGAUCAAAUACCCCAACCUGAAUAUCCUGCAGCUGGAAGACCAUCUCCUAGUCGUGACUUUUCAACACAGGGAUUUCCAUCUGCAAGAUCCCCCAAUAAGUCCCAACCGGAUUAUUCCACUCAGGGUUUUCCCUCGGCCAGAGACACUCAUAGGCCCAGCGGCACCGCUGGCCAUCCCCAAAUGUCACCAACCAAAACUCAACCGUCGCCCAGCGCCCCUACCAACAGAAAACCAACCCCCACUAUGGAAACAACCGAACGCAUCAUUCAAAAGGAGAAGGAAGUUGAUGCAGCCCAUCGUGCCUUUGCUGCUUCUUUAAGGAGCUCUUCGCCCGUUGACCAGACCAGACGUGACAGUACCAGUACAGACGGACCUAGACAUACACCUCGUUCAAGUGUCUCCUCGACCAAGACCUUUAGGCGUGAGGUGCGCGAAGGCUCACACGACAGUGAAACCAGUCGUGUUAGCACGACCACAGUGACACGUCAGACUCCGCCUAGAAGUGUGGGAGGUCGAACGGUGGUAGUGAGUGAACGCAUUACAUCGUCCCCUUCGCCUCGCGGCACUAAAUCGCCAUCUCCCGGCAAGACGGUUAGCACAACCACCACGACCACUCCCAGCCGGACUGCAACAAGCAAGCCACCAGUGAAAGAUGUGCCAAAACCAGAUAACCAGCAUACUACUACUACCAAACCAAAAGCCCACACCACCACCACCACCACCACCACCAACAAAACCAACUCAAGCGAUUCUAUAUUUCCUAUUAACCACGAUUCACUAACCACCAUCACCAAAAAGACUAUAUCCGACAAUCAGAGCAACAAUCAGCAGUUGCCUCUGCAGGAGGUGGUCGAGGAACCAUGCAUUAAGAAACACUACUCUCUGCUCGGUCCGUCCGAUCAUAUUGCCACGACAGCUACCACUGCUUCAAAACAGGAAUCAUCACCAAGAUCAUCACCAGCACCAAGUAGUAGAAGUAGUCCUCCAUAUCCACCAUCCACCAAAAGUAAAAGUCCCCUGGUUGAAGAAGAUGUUGAAACUAUACCGAAGAAACAUACUUCACGGCCAUUAUCGCCAUCAUCAUUUACAUCAUCUAGAUCACAGCCCACUAGACCGAUUGGCUCCAAGGAUGUACCAAAACAGCCCACACACAGCCUUCAUCCGCACGGGGACAAUGUUGUCCCCGAUGACAGGAACGAGCCCAGAACCAUUGAUCGCGAGGCCACAUUUGAACAGAUAGAUGAGACCACGACUGUGACACGGCGAAAACCAUCGCGUGACUCCACCACACCCAACACUUUUGUGGAUGAUGAUGUCUUCAUUAGCGAAGACCAUCGACGAGAGGAUGUGGAUGCCAUUCGAAAUGUGAAAACUAAAACCAAGCAAUUGAUCUCUCAUGAAAGGGAACCAGUUGCCCCACGUUCUCCCAAGACUGUCUCGCCGAAGAAGCCGCAUGAAGUCCAACGCAUACAGACAGAAGUGUCGAAGCGUAUCGACAAAUUCGAAGAACUAAGGCGAAAUAAGCAAUCUCCCGAAACUAAACAAAGUCCCAAACCGCAACAAAGUCCAAAGUCCGCACCCAUUCCUAGCCACCAGAGCCCCCGAAAGUCUUUGACCCAAACUCAACCUACAAAAUCUUCUCCAAAACCCAAUGAGAGUCCUAAAACAAAAGGUCCCAAACAACCUGUUCAUGAUCAACGCUAUCCCCAAGGAACGGAUAAUGAACCAGCAGGUGGCAAGACAAAACCUCAGCCUCAAUUACAUGCCACUAAAACUCCCAAACCAAACGAGAAAGAGACUUCUUCUCGUCCAAUCCAAGGCCAAUCUCCGCAAAAGCCAGAAUCUCAUUCGCCAACAAGGCGAACUGAGCCCAAGAAUAGGCCUGGUCAACCUCAUUCGCAGUCUCCUGAGCGUAGAUAUCCCUCGGAAGAGAACAAGCCCAAGAGUAGCAGACCACAUGAUGGAUCACCCGAACGCAAAUAUCAGCCACAUCAGGGUUCUCCUGAUCGUCAUUAUCCUUUGGGAAACAAGGAUAAACCACAAUCUCAAUCGCCCUCGAGGAUAAGUCCACAUCGCGAGACACCUGAGCGAAAACAACCCUCGGAAACGAACGAUAAGUCAAGACCUUUGUCACCAACAAGGCCACGUCAAGAAAGACCAUAUGAAGGAACUUCUGAGCGACAGCCACAAAAAGGUUCUCCUGAUCGCCAUUAUCCUUUAGGAACCAAGGAUAAACCGCAAUCCCAAUCACCUUCAAGGACAAGUCCACAUCGUGGUACACCAGAAAGGAAGAGUCCAUUCGAUGCUAAGGAUAAGUCAAGGCCUAUGUCGCCAUCAAGGGGAAGCCAUGAAAGACCAUACCAUGGAACCCCUGAACGUCAAUAUCCAGGAGAUGAACAACCACAUCAAGGUUCUCCUGGUCGCUAUUAUCCAUCAGGAACCAAGGAUAAACCAAAGUCUCAUUCACCUUCAAGGACAAGUCCUAAUCGUGGAACACCUGAGCAAAAGCAUCCUUCGGAUACGAAGGACAAACCAAGACCAUUGUCACCAACAAGACAUAGCAAUGACAGACCAUUUGAAGGAAAACCCCAAGGAAAAUAUCCAGGGGAUGAACAACCACAUCAAGGUUCUCCAGGAGAUGAACAACCACAUCAAGGUUCUCCUGGUCACUAUUAUCCAUCAGGAACCAAGGAUAAACCAAAGUCUCAUUCACCUUCAAGGACAAGUCCUAAUCGUGGAACACCUGAGCAAAAGCAUCCUUCGGAUACGAAAGACAAACCAAGACCAUUGUCACCAACAAGACAUAGCAAUGACAGACCAUUUGAAGGAAAACCCCAAGGAAAAUAUCCAGCGGAUGAACAACCACAUCAAGGUUCUCCAGGAGAUGAACAACCACAUCAAGGUUCUCCUGGUCGCUAUUAUCCAUCAGGAACCAACGAUAAGCCAAAGUCUCAUUCACCUUCAAGGACAAGUCCUAAUCGUGGAACACCUGAGCAAAAGCAUCCUUCGGAUUCGAAAGACAAACCAAGACCAUUGUCACCAACAAGACAUAGCAAUGACAGACCAUUUGAAGGAAAACCCCAAGGAAAAUAUCCAGGGGAUGAACAACCACAUCAAGGUUCUCCAGGAGAUGACCAACCAUAUCAAGGUUCUCCUGGUCGCUAUUAUCCAUCAGGAACCAAGGAUAAACCAAAGUCUCAUUCACCUUCAAGGACAAGUCCUAAUCGUGGAACACCUGAGCAAAAGCAUCCUUCGGAUACGAAAGACAAACCAAGACCAUUGUCACCAACAAGCCAUAACAAUGUAAGGCCAUAUGACGGAGCACCCGAGCGACAAUAUCCAGGUGAAGAUCAGCCACAGGGUACUCCUGUUCGCCAUUAUCCUUCGGGAUCAAAGGAUGAGCCACAAUCUCAACCAACCUCAAGGGCAAGUCCAAAUCGAGGAACCCCUGAGCGAAGGCAUCCUUCCGAUACGAAGGACAAACCCACCAUGUCACCAUCAAGACAUAGCAAAAAUAUACCGUACGGUGGAACACCCGAACGACAGUAUCCAGGUGAGGAUCACCCACAUCAGGGUACUCCUGAUCGCCAUUAUCCUUCGGGAACAAAGGAUAAACCACAAACCCUGUUUCCCUCAAGGACAGGUCCAAAUCGGGAAACACCUGAGCAAAUGCAUCCUUCGGACACGAGAUCUGGUAGAACCCCUGAAUCACAAUAUCCUGGUGAGCAGCCACAUCUGGGUACUGUUGAUCGUCAUGAUGAGCCUCAACCUCAGUUACCCUCAAGAAGAAGUCCAAAUCGUGAAACACCUGAGCGAAAACAUCCUUCUGACAUGAAGGAUAAGCCAAGACCAUUGUCCCCAACAAGCCAUUCCAAUGAAAGACCGUAUGAUGGACAACCUGAACAACAAUACCCAGGAGAUAAACAACCUCAUCAGGGUAGUCCUGAUCGUCACUAUCCUUCAGGAACAAAGGAUAUACAACAACCUCAGUCACCCUCAAGGGCAAGUCCAAAUCGCGGAACACCUGAGCGAAAACAUCCUUCUGACAUGAAGGAUAAGCCAAGACCAUUGUCGCCAACAAGCCAUAGCAAUGAAAGACCGUAUGAUGGACAACCUGAACAACAAUACCCAGGAGAUAAUCAACCUCAUCAGGGUACUCCUGAUCGUCCAUAUCCUUCGGGAACAAAGGAUAGACAACAACCUCAAUCACCCUCAAGGACAAGUCCAAAUCGCGGAACACCUGAACGCAUACAACCGUCGCAAAUUGACGACAAACCCAAUUCACGAUCACCAACAAGACAAAGUCCUGAUAAACCAUAUGGUGGAUCUCCUAACCGCCAAUAUCCUGAAAAUAUUAGGGAUAUGCCUAUGGGAACCGAACAAAAGCCUCAAUCACCAUCCUUAACACGUCGACCCAAGGGCCAAUCACCUCAUCAACCAAGUACCACGCAUCCACAACAGGAAUAUCCCUCGGACACUGAAGAGGAACCAAGGGAACAUCACACGAACGAAAUUACUAUCCAAAUGUCAAAUGUAAAGAAAACUCAAAAGGACAUUGACACAUUGGUCCAGGAAGACCACACAUUUGAAACAAGACCACAGCAACCCAAGGAUGGUAGUGAACCUUUGGAUGAGCAUCGCAAGCCGAGAACAAAUGAAACCGCAGCUAAGGAACCUGAACACCCAGAUGGUAGGAAACCUACAACAAGAACCUCCAAGCCUACUCGGCCAAGUAUUUUCGAGACAACAGCUGAGCAAUAUAUUCGCAACGAUAGAACCCAAAUCGUUAAUAAAAAAAAUAUAAAGACGACCAUUAAUGAGCAAUUCAUUGAUGCUGAACGCAAUCAACCUCGAAAAAUGCCAGAGGAACCGACGAGCGAUGAUGGUGAACCAACAUCCAAAUCUCCCUCUAAGCCUAGAGAAGCUAAGCCAACACCUUGCGAAUAUCCUGACGAUAAACAGCCUUAUUCUACUAACACCAAACAAAAACCAGAAAAACCCACAGCAGACGAUCGCCCAUAUGAAACAAAACCCUCCUCGAAAUCCCCCAAGUCCGGUCCUAAAGCAGCUCCUUCUCCAAAGGAUAAGAAACCUUCAUCCAGAUCUCCCACUAGACCUGAACAAGUUGAGAGUGAUUUUGAGCCCACAGAAACGACAAAGCAUCCUAUCAACGACGAACCUUCACAUCGUUCUCCAAAACCCGAACCUAAUAAGUUCACCUCAACUGCGACUACUACAACCAUACAUGAAAAAUUUAUUGAAGCCGAACGUGGUCAUCCCGAACAUCCCGAUGGAGCUUUCGUUUCAAAAUCACCUGAAGAACCAACCUCUCCACCCUAUCCCACCUACGUAAAGAAGGGCACCACACGCAGAGAUACUUUCGAAGAUCGUUGCCGUCAGAUAUUGGGUAUGGAAAAUUAUGGCAACACCCCCGGGGAAUACAAGAAGCGUCCAAACAAUGAAAUCGAGGAAGAAGAAGAGCAACAGACAGUGACAACUACUAAGGAGAGAACCUUGUUUGAUGUAAAGAUAGAAGAUUGCGAGGACGAUGAUGAGCCAUUGUCAAUUAACAGUGUAAAGAAGGUUUUGGUUACAAGCACGGUCCUAACCUCCGACGACGACAACAUUCCCAAAAGACCAUCAAAUCAGGAUAAGGAACCUCUUCGGAAGAAACCAACUACCCAGACCACGAAGAAGACUAGACCUGAAACUGAUUCUGAACCAGAGGAAACAAUGAAACCAACUUCUAAAUCUCCAACGAGUGUGGUUGAAACCACACAGAGAACACCCCUAACGCCAGACGCCAAGCCCAAAAAAAGCCCAAGGGACACACCUUAUGAAUCAGAGCCUGAAGACGAAACCCGGCCUAAAGAUUCUUACUAUGAGACAAUUGAAAUAACCACAAAGCACUCUGAAAAAUCUGAGUUUGAUGUAACUAAAAAACCGAUAUCCAAAUCUCCCACAAGACCUGGUGAUUCGCCAAACAAACCCACAAAAACGAUGCCGCAAGAGAAACAACCAAAAGAUGCCCUUUAUGAAACAACUGAAGUAACAGAACAAAAACGUACUGAUGCCACAAAGAGGAUAACUUCCAAGUCCCCUACUAGAUUGAAUGAAUCUCCAGAGCGUAAACCAACCAAAACCGAUUCCACACGCAGGAAAACUCCAGAGGAACCAGAACCUAAGAAGCCGAUUGGGAGCGAAAAAUAUAUCACAACAAAGGAAACAUUUUAUCGAACUCCGGAAGAGUUGGAACCAGAAUCAGACUUCUACCAAGAGACCAUAGAAGUAACCACAAAAUAUGCCGAAAUAACAGAUACUGACAUUAGGAAAAGACCAACCGAAAAGUCACCUACUAGGCCAGUAGAAUCACCAAAGCGGCCCUCCAAGAAAUAUCCCGGGGAACCGGAGAAAGUUAAACCUACCGAAGGUCGCACAACUCUCAUAAAAACUGAAAAAGUUUACAGGGUGGCAGACACUACAACAGGCUCCGAACCAGAGGAAUCUCAACCAGAAGAUUACGACCUCGAGUCUGUAGAGGAAACGACAAAACAUAUUUCAAAAACAACAGUUGACAUUACAAAGAGGCCAACCUCAAAGUCUCCCACCAGGCCUAGGAAAUCUACAGAGGAACCUAAUCCUAAAAUGGGCCAGGCCUACAGGAUGCCCGAUACUACAACUGAUUUUGAGCCAAGAGAAUCUCAGCAGAGACCAACCUCGAAGUCCCCUACAAGGUCGGUAGAUUCGCCGAAACGUCAAUUCCCCAAAACUGAUGCAAUUCCAAGCGAUAAUAGAUCCAAUGAACCGGAAGAAUCUCAGCCUGUCGAUAUUUACAAGGAAACAAUAGACGUAACUACGAGGCAUAUCGAAAGAACAAAUGUUGAUGUAAGUAAGAGACCAUCCUCGAUGUCUCCCACAAGACCUGUGGAAUCCACAAAGCGCCAACCCACCAAAACCGACUCCGCACCCAAAAGGACACCGGAGGAACCCGAAAAACUUAAGCCAAAGACAGGUCAAACGUUUAUUACAACUACUGAAGAAGUCCAUAGAAGCUCGCUUCCUGCCCCAGACUCGGAGCCAGAUGAUUCUCAGCCACAGGACUCUUACCGAGAAACUGUAGAGGUGACUACCACGCAUACGGAAAAAACAAAUAAACCAUCUUCGAAGUCCCCCACAAGGCCCAUAGAACCAACCAAGCGUUAUCCCACAAAACCUGAUUCAACGAUCAAGAGGACUCCUGAGGAACCUGGAAGAAAUAAACCCAAAGUUGGCCAGACAUUUGUCACAACCACUGAAAAAACCUUCAGAGUUCCAGACACCAAGUCCAAAGAACCUCAGCCAAAUGAUUUGAAGAAACCAACCUCUAAAUCUCCAACUAGACCAGGACAAAAACCCAAGGCAACGACAGGAGAACCGAAACCGAAACCAAGCAAACCGAAGAGAGUGGGUGAGCCCGUAACUACUAGCGACUCGGAACCCGAGGAAGUAGAAGAAAUUGAGGUAACCAGCAAACGUAUUGAAAACGAUAUAACCAGAAAGUCUACCCAUAAGUCUCCUACAAGACCUGAAGUAUCGCCCAAUCGGCGUUCUCCUGUCAGAGACGAUUCCAAACCCAAGGAACCACAAAAGAAAACAACCAUGGGCCAAAAAACGGUCACUACCACUGAAGAAAUUUAUAUCACCGGGGCAAGAACAGAACUCCCCCACACAACAAGCGAUUCUGAGCCAGAAACACAACGCCCAAAGAAUUUGGACGAAGCAAAAAAACCAGCCUCAAGAUCGCCUACAAGAUCUGUUUCUCCAACAUAUGGAUCGACUAAGGAUGUUUCCUAUGAAACUAUUGAAGUUACCAAUAGGAGAGUGGACAAGUCUCAAAUCGUAAUCUCAACAUCACCAACAAGAUCGCCCGAAACUGCAAGGAGACCGCUACCUACCAAGAGUCAACCUGAAACGAAGGCGUAUGGCGAAGUGCCAAGGGAGCCCAAAGGUCCUGGCAGCAAAAAGCCCAAUGUGAUUGAGGCAUUUAUUACAACGGAAAAAGUUUGCGUUACUGGUCCUAAGAAACAUUUGCCAGAUAGUGACACUGAACCGGAAGUUACAGAAACUACCUACAAGACCAACGAGGUGACAAAGCAGCAAUUAAGCUCUAGGUCACCCACAAGGCCCUCCGAACCUAAGUUGGAAGCACCCAAAAAGUUGCCACAAACGAGCUCCAAGUCUAUUCCAAAGAAACCCCAAGAAAAAUCUCCGGUGCGACCAAAAUCCAAUGUCAAUGAACAAUUCAUUACUACCGAGCAAGUCUACGUUACCGGUGUCAAGAAAGACUUCCCAAUCACCACUAGCGACUCUGAACCCGAUACAAAGCCCACUUACUGUGAGACUCUAGAAGUGACGAAGAAACGAACUGAUAAAACCAUCACUGAUGUUGCCAAGAAACCAGGAUCGAAGACGCCUGCUAGCACUGUGGAAUCGCCAAGAAAACAACCCGUAAAGAAGGAUACGGCCAAAAAACCAACCGCAACCACAACAGCGAAGAAACCCCAGGACAAAGAACCCUUGAAAAAAACACCCGAAAAAAUUCAGGUAACGGACACUAAAACGGACAGUGAUUCGGAAGCCGAAACCCGGGAGAAUUAUUGUGAAACCAUCGAGAUCACAAAGAGGCGUGUCGACAAGGAUGUGGAUAUUGCAAGAAAGCCAACAACAAGGUCGUCGCCCACCAAACCCUCCGCCACAUCUGAGUCACCAAAACGAACUCCCGCAAAAUCGACCACAGCCAAGCAAAACGUUCAGGAUGAUCACCACGUUACCGAAACCACUUCCAUUAAAGAACGUCUGAGAUCGUCCACUCGGCCCAAGGAUAAGUCCCCGAAGAAGAAACCUGACCAAGUUGAUGCGGGUUCAUCUCCGGAGACCAGUCCAACGCGCCAUACGGAACGUAGAAGGUCAAGCAAUAUUUCCGUCAACACUGAAAUAAUCAUCGAACACACAGAGUCCGAAGUUAUAAGCGCGGGCAAAAAACCAGAAGGCACUCCCAAAAAACCCAAGGACUCCGUAUUCAAGGAAAUCAUCGAUUCCACGACUUUGCCGGAGAAACUGCCACGGAAAAUGCCUGUCACCGAGCGCAAAGAGUCGGCUCCGGUGCACCGCGUAACACGCAAGGACAAGGACACGAAAAUGUCACGAUCAACUAGUGAGAAUCUGAUGAACGUGCCCAAGAAACCGGCACCGACUCCCAACAACUUGACACCAGCUUCGGCCAAAACUUCGCCCAACAAACCAAGUGCCGAUCAUCGCCGGCCCAACAAGUGUUUUGCCACCAAGACCAUCAACUUGUCCACCACAGACCGCCUGAUCAGUAGCGAGGAUAUGGAGAACGUUAUCAUCGACAUUCAGCAUGCCAAGAGUUCGCGCGAGCCAUCGCCCGACAAGAUUGUACCCACGCCGGUACCGGCUCAUUUGGAUACAGGCAAACCUCGUUACCCCGAUGUGGUGCAGGAGCCUGAGGAUGAGCCUCGCAGAAAGCCAGUCAUCAAGAAUAUUCCCAUUUUCGAAGAGGAGCACAACACCUAUGUGGGCUGUCACAUAACCGAAGUGAAUCGUAAAACCUAUGAACGCACUGACAUCGAUAUCGAAGAGGAUCUUUUGAGCACCCCCGUGGUGGAAGCUCCCUCCAGUCUGGAUUAUCCCACAACGGCGGACAAGAACACGUAUCCCACAGCAACCGUCAUCUCCGAUGAUGAAUGCCUGAUGAGUGUUCACGACAAGGUAUCCAAAUUCCAAAAGGUAGCGGAAGAAGUCACGAAACCCAAGACGUCCAGCCCCUUCCAUCGUGAGUUCGAUGACAACACUCGUGUGGCCGACAAUGAUGAAUGCCUGCUAACCGUGGACGAGAAGGUGGAUAAGUUCAUAAAGACCGCCGAGAGUCUAACGCAGAAACCCAUUACACCCAGCCCCUCAACAACGGCCACACGUGAUCCAACCAGGCAACGACCCCACCAACGACUCAUUGAUGAAACCGACGAAGAUCUCGAUACCACUGAAUGCAAAUUUACAACCGUCAAAUUGGCCCCCACUGAACCUCAAAAAUCUCCCGAACUGGUCAGACACAUUUCCCGACACAUAUCACGUCAGAGUGAUGUAGGUGAGCCCAUAACAUCGCACACCCAUGAGACGCAUGAGGAAUAUGCAAGCAGCAGCACUCAGGAAUUCGUGACUCAUCAACAAAAGCCUUCGCCAGCUGUAAAGCCCAGGCGGCCAGCCAAUAAUGAUGACGAUCAUGACGACGCUAAACCCCAUGAUGAUGAUGAAGAUAACGACGAGCUGAUACCCCAUACUCCAAUGCAUACCAUACGCCUGGAAGAACGACGUCAAAAAGACAUUUUAACCAGACCAUCUGUCUUUGAUAAGAGAGGCGGCGGCAGCAAGCAACCUCCAAGCCAGAGAGUUGACAGCAAACCUCAGCCAACGAUGAAGAAUGUGUUGUCGUCGCCAACGACAACGAAAGAUUCGGAGAAAUCGCCGCAGCCACGGACAUCAGUGGUAAAAACACGCGCAAAGCCCGACACAUCAAAGCCAACGACGACGGUGACCACCACAAGCACCACCAACAUCACAACCACAAGCAACGGCAUGAAAAAACGUCAGCCGCAGCAGCAGCAGACACAAUCGCCACAGCAACGUCGUGUACAUCCCGACACGAGUGAUGGCGAUUAUCGCCGCCCUGUUGGAAACAACGUCGAACAAACAACAACAACAACGACAAAGUCAUCAGUCAUCAAAAGUAGCACAAACAACAACAGACAACCAACAAAACCGUUCAGCAUUAACGGCCCCAAAAAAUCCCCACAGUCACAGCCACAGCCACUGCCAUCGGACAGCAAGAAGAGGCCCGAAAGCAGCAGACCAUCGUCCCAUGCGCCAUUGCACACAACCACCACCAGAAAGAAUUUGAAGCCAGUCAGCAAUGCUCGUGACGACAACGACAGCGACGAUCACGUAGACGACAGCGUCGACUAUGAAGAAUUUGAGGUAGAGGUUGUAGCUAAUGAUAGUGAGACCGAAUUGAUCAUUAACUCAGGCACAACACGUCGCUCAACAGCCACCAAAACCACCAUAAACAAAACCUCCGACACCGGCAAACCCAGCAUUCGUGGUAAAGAGCCAUCCAGGCAGCCCCAGCACACCUCGCCCCCAAGCAGAAAAAUGAAAGAAAUUCCACCAGGUUCAACCAGCUCCCCAACACCAUCUUCACCACCUACCAAAAGCACUAAAGAGCACCCAGUAGUUAAUCUAACCGAGAGAAGUAGCACUCUCAACCAUAACACAAACACCACCACCACACGUAAAUCCUCUGAACCAAAUGAAUCAUUUCCAGAGACACGGCCUCCCAUUAAGAAAACACCAACGCCUUAUGCACCGAAAACAAAGGGAAUAACCACCACGGAUUCGGUGGCGGCCCGUCGCAGUCUCUUUGAAAACCACCAAAGUCCAAAGUCACCGGCCACUCCUAAACGGCCCACCCCAACCAGCAGUCCCAGCACGGGUCGCAGACCUUCCUACAUGGAUCAUACCAAGAGUUCGCUGGAGCACAUACGCCGUGAUUCAUUGGAAUUGAACAAAAACAAUUACUCACGCCGACCAUCGGACGGAGAUUAUGAAGGCACACAAACACCCAACGAGCGCAACUCUCAAGUCAAGUUUGAAGUAUCCCACCAUCGUCAUCGACCAGAUAUGCCGGACGAGGACAUUAACAUCGAGGAAAUCUUUGAGCUGACCAUUCUGGAGAGACUGCUAGAAACCGUGACUUCGUAUGAAUUGAGACGUCGCAUACGAGCUCAAAUUCGUUUAGUUAAAAAGAAUCUCAGCAAUGUGGAGCGCAACACUGCAACCACCACCAACAAGCAAACAAAUCUACCUGAACGCAGCCACAGUCCUCGUGGUAAGGCAAAGCCACACACAAUAGAAUCACAUGUGAGCACGACCUCAAGAAAACAUCUGUAUAGAGAGGAGUAUUCGGAGGAGGAGCACAGAUCUUCGACAUCAACACACACAUCGCCAGACCGUGGGCAAAUUCGUGUGACGAAAAUUACACGCGCCAGUCCCUCUGACCGCCGCAGCCCUAGUCCCCAAAACAAGACUUGCGGCCGUCCACACGAUCGCAGUCCCAGUCCCGUGGGCAAAACUCAUAGCCAGGAGUACACUGCAGUGGAGACCUCCACCAAAAAGCAUUACACUUACAAAAAUGGGGAGGAAAAGUCCAGACGGCCCAUGCAAUAUUAUCCCAUUGACGACGACGUGGAUGAAGAAGUGCAGCGCAAAGAAACCUCUCCCACUGUCAGGCGACCCCAUCAUGGGCAACCUGAAAAUGGAGCAACUUCCCCCGGUUAUCGUCGUUCCUCCCGGAAAUCUGUGUCGCCUUCGUCCUCACCCGAAAGACACCAAGUGGAUAACUCAAAAUACGCACCCCGCAGUGGCAGUCCCCAAGAGAAGAGGCCAUCACAGCCGAGGGUAGGCAGUAAAAGUCCAGAUAACCGCAGUGGCCGCUAUGAACAAUCGCCGGUGACAUCAAAACCACAAACAAAGCGUACGCCAACAACUCCAAUCACUUCCAAGGCUAAGCCAGAAUCGAAAGCUCCCGUAUGGGCAGAUCGCAAAAAUGUCUUAAAGUCGCCCGGCAACAGCACAUCUACAACGCCAACAAGUGCGAGAAAACCAAUCCCAGCAACAGAUUCGCGCAUCACAUCUUCCAGUGUAAGCAGGACAAUUAAAUCGAGCACCAAUCAAAGUUUGAAACACUCAACCACCAACAAAUCAUCAUAUGUGGAGGAUGAUUGCAUAACAUCGAGCUAUGGCAUUGGACCCACCGAUGAAAACGGUCUACCACUCUUUGGCAUAAGGGCACUGAAGAAAAAGAAGCAGCCUGUUGCAGAACCCUGUGAAACAACUGAAGAAGUCACUGGAUAUGUUGUCGAAGAGAAAUACUAUUCGGACAAUAAAUCAAAACCAAUUGUGGAACGCAAAGAACUUAUUUACUCCACAAAUCCUGAUGAACUAAAAGCCAUCAAAGAAAGGGUAAAGGAUACAUCAGUCAAAUCGAUCAAAUCCGAACGAUUGGAAGGCUAUGACGAUGAAGAUUCAGCUAUGUAUGCAACGAAAACAACAACAACAUCAGUACGCUCGAGUCCAGAAGAUUUCCUGGAAACAAAAUAUGUGCGACGUGGCUCCGUGAAGGAAAUGAGUGAGAAAUUCAUACACAAGGAGUCAUCAUCUUCGGUUUCCGAGAAGGUCAAUAACUAUCCCAAGGCUGGGCUUAUAUUGCGCACAAAUUCGCGCAAGCAGAGUCGAGACAAUAAUGAAGGCAUGGAUGAUGGAAAUGGAGAGUACUACGAAACAAGAACUCAAUACCUUAGAGAUUCCGGCGAGGAUGACGAAUGUCAAAUGGAAACCAGUGGUCAUUUCAUUGUAGAAAGUGAAAGCGAAACGGAAUCCAUUAAAAAGACACAGCGUGCAUUUAAGAAAAUCACUUCCACCAAAUCAUCUUCGUCGCGUUCCUUCCUUAAUACCAAAGGUGAAGAGAAAGUUGUCACCAGUGUUGAUGAUGUGCUAGAUCGCAUGCGCAACGCAGACAAUGUUGUAGAAGAAGGUGAUACGGCCGAGGACCAAGAAGCCAGGGCUUUGUUGAAUAAAUUUUUGGGCGCCAGCAUUAUAAUGAAGGGAGUUGAAUCAACCAUACCGAUAAACCGAGAAACGAAAAUAAUAACCACAACGACCACUGCUGGAGGAAAGCAGCCAGUAGAAAAACACGAGGUAAAAACCACACGUGUAACGAAAUCCAUUAGAUCGGGAAGCUCUUCUUCACCAGUUAUAGAGACAACUUGUGAUAUCGAGGAGAUUUGGGACGAAGAAAUUCUAAAACAAUUGUUGGAACAAGCUAAAUCCUACGAAGAACGCCGUAAAAUACGAUCACGUUUGAGGGAACUUAUGGCUGACCGCACAGAAAAGAACAGUUGCCAGCAGACAGGCAAAGAAGAAGGCGAACAAGUAGCGGCUACUGGAGCAAACGUUGAAGAAUCAUCGACUGUUCAGAGGAGCGAAAGCAGUGCCAGUGAAUACGAGGAAAUCGUAGAGAUAAUCGAGGAGGAAGUCACCGACGAUAGCUCCGCCGAGGAAGAGGUGGAAGAAAAACAAAUCAAAGAAACCGAAGAAACCAAAGAAACUAGCCAAACUAAAGAGGCACCAAAACCGGAAGAAAAGCCCAAAUCGCCUACAACUCCGGAAGUAGGUCCAGAGCAAGCUAAGAAAAGCGAAGAGCCGAAGACGACGCCAAAAGAGACGUCCGAAUCGGAAACUGCAGCAGAAUCAGAAACCCCCAAAGAAAGCGAAGACAAAACUGAUAGCUCUGAACAGGAUACCACCAAACAACCAAAACAACAGUCUUCCACAUCGACGACCGAAAAAACCGAAACCAAGGGUAAAGAUGGAGCUGUUGUGACCACUACAACUAAAGUUACAACUCGUACUGUUAGUGGAACUGGACCAAAAACCGUUUCACCAUUUGCCAAAUUCAAGCAAUUGGAUAGACAAAGUUCCCAGCAAUCAACAAAAUCUCCAACAACACCCACAACACCUGGUGGCGGCUCUUCAGCCUCACCGUCCGCCAGCGGUAAUGCGCCUAUGUUUAAAUUUACCGAUCCUGCUUUAAAUGCUCGCGCCGCCACUGUCAAGGAACAGCUUCUACAGUGGUGUCAGUCUAAAACAAAGGAAUACGAGAACGUCCAAAUAACCAACUUUAGUUCGUCUUGGGUCGAUGGCUUAGCGUUUUGUGCCCUCAUACAUCAUUUCUUGCCAGAUGCCUUCGAUUAUAGUCAACUAACUCCAAAAAAUAGAAGACACAAUUUCGAAUUAGCUUUCACCGUGGCUGAUGAGAAAGCCGGAAUAGCCCCCUUAUUAGAUGUUGAAGAUAUGGUUGUGAUGAAACGACCCGAUUGGAAAUGUGUUUUUGUCUACGUACAAAGCAUCUAUCGCCGUUUUCGAAAUUGCCAAUAAUCACCAUACUCUACCCUAAAAACAAAAACAAAUCCCUCAACGAGAUGUUUAUUUCCCCUCCCCACCCCCACGCCACUAAUCAACGAUUUUCGUUUACUUUUCUGUAUUAUUUCAUUGUCAAUAAUGUAUUUAUACAGAACCAGACCAGACGUUAGUUAACCCAGUUAUUGUCGAGCACCAUAAUCUCCUUUUACCCACUCGUCUGGGUACUGCUGUAAUCAGGUCAUCAAUCGAGUUCUGUUUUUUUUUAUUAUUAUUAUUAUUUUAUUUGUUAAAAUUAUUAUACCGGGCCAUUGAAUUUUAAGCGGCCUCAAUAAUUUGUUGUUAUUUGUAUUAUUUAACGAGAAGUACUAAGCAUCGAGAUGUGCAACAACGGGCAUAGUUUCUAAAGAAGAAUUUCGUCUUCAACAAAUACCAGUUUUUAAAUGUUACUUUGUUGUUAUAUCAUAUGACAUCGCCAAUGACCCGCCAACUACCCACAACUCUCAAUGGGCGAGGUUUGGUGAUGAAAUUUUGUGAAUGUCUCUACUAUUCAUACAUAUACACUUGAUUUUUUUUUUUUGUUUUGUCUCUUCUUAAUUUAGAUACUCAUACAAUUGUAAUUAAAUAUUAAUAAUGCUAUCUAUAUAUCUGUAUGUAUUUCUAUUUCUUUUCUACUAACAUGUUGAAAAUAUAUCUAUGUAAUCGACAGAUACACUCUCAAGAAAAACAAAAACAAAAACAAAAUACCUUUUUGAUUAUUUUUACUGCUUUGGUUAUAGACGCGUUAAGGAUGACAAACAAUCCGUGAGCAUUCGAAACGUAAGGAUAUUUUAAAUAUCAAUAUCAGGUCAGCCCAAAAUACAGCUCAAUCUCUACAUACAUAUAUAUUUUAAACGAUGUAUUGAACUAAUUUUCGGUAUAAGCAAUGAAAAUUAAUAAAAAAAUAUUAACAUUCAAAGAGAAA